AUGAUCUCCUACAUGAAAGAUCUGGGCAUUAAGGAAACUAAAGAGUCCUCCAAGACACAUGUUCGCAGGAAACUUCAAGCAAGGUUUGGGAGUUUAUUACAGUUUGAAGACCUGCUUGGUAACAACAGAGCCUUUAUUAUCCAUGCCAAUUUGUCACGACUUCAGUUGGCUAAAGAAGUAGCGCGAUUACAGCAUCUGCAGUGCGAAGGUCAAGCAUCAUUAAUAGAUGACAUCCGACGAGUUGCUCUGGAACUUCGGAAAGCCAUAUGUUGCAAAGAAAUCGAGAUGUCGUGGCCUCCUAAGCCUUCCCAGCACACUGAAGAGGAAAUAAAUCUCCCUGAUGAAGUUAGAGUGUUUCUAGCUACCUUUUUAACGGGAAAGUCAAAGUAUCCAGAAGAAACAUGCUCAUCAAAAGUUCAGCGCCUUGUCAACUAG